AUCAACUUAAUGCCCUGAAGAACAAAGGCAAGUCAAUUGUCUUGCAGGCAUCAUGCAUGCUCUACACAAACUUCUGCUUUUUCAGGUCCUGACAUCUCUCGGACAAAAUGCUCUUGGUAGUGAAAUCAUAAAUGGUGAAAAGGUCCCGGAGAACAAAAUGCUGUUUAUGGCCUCGGUUCAGAACAGCAGAAACAAACAUAUCUGUGGAGGAUUCCUCAUCAAUGAAGACUUUGUGGUCACUGCUGCACAUUGUGAUGAUGGGAAUCCUACAAGUGUUGUUCUUGGUACCCACAAUCUCAAGAAUAUUGAUGACACAAUGAGAUACAGUGUGAAGAAAUGCAAGCAUCGAUGUUAUGAGAAAGUUGAAGAGGGGUCGGACAUCAUGCUCCUCAAACUGUCCAAGAAAGCUCAACUGAACCAAAGAUUGCAGCCAAUUUCACUUCCAGAAACUGAGACUAAGAUUACAAAUAUAGAAACGUGCACUGUAGCUGGAUGGGGCCUAACAAGUGUUGGUGAACCUGAUGAGCUGCAAAUGGUGAAUGUGCCCAUUGUUGACCUGGAUGUCUGUAAGAGCAAAUGGCCUAACAUGCUUCCUGAAAACGUUAUCUGUGCUGGUGGAUAUGGCACAGAUAAAGGAUUCUGUCAGGGUGAUUCUGGGGGUCCUCUGGUGUGCAACGGGAAGGCAGCUGGUGUUGUGUCUUACAACUGGAGCAAGAACUGCAGAUACCCAAAUAGGCCCAAUGUGUACACAGAUGUAUCAAAAUACCUUCCCUGGAUCAGAAAGAUGAUGACGGAUUGUUAAAUGUAACAGAUCAACAUACUCUUAUGUACUGGCUCCUUAAAUGUAAUCUCAAAACUUGAAAAAUAAAAGCUUUGUUCAUAACAAACAUUGUUGCUUGGCAGUUCACCAAUAUAUCAAUAUUAUAUCAACAUGUACAUCUACAUAUGUUGCAUCUGUUGUUCACCUUUUUCAAACACAAAGGGUCAUGUAUUCUCCUUAAAGUAAAGCCAGUUUCUUAUCACAUGUAGCCAACCGUGUUGUAUGUGUUAACGUCAAUCACUUAAACCUUUUUGAAUUUCGUUUGUAGAAUUUUUAUAAAUAUGGCGCAGCUUUUAGUCUUAUAAUUGGGUAAUGUUGCACAAAGAAACUUCAAAUCCACUUAAGCUGGUUUGUCAUCCAAGAUGAGUUAACAUGUUCACACCUGACCCUAUGAAACAGGUUGAAGUGUGUGUACCCCUCAACCAGUUGCAAUGGUUUCAGAUCUGAUGCUCAAAGGACUUGAUGUACUAAAAGUCUGCAAGUUU